GGCACCGUCGUUUCCGUCGUCCGCUCCAGUCUCCACCACUCUCGGUUCUUUGAUUUCUCCUCCGCUUUCCUCUCCGUCGAACUUGGUUCUGCGCUCGAUCCGAAGCUUCCUACCGCACCAUGCCUCGGUACUACUGCGAUUACUGUGAUACUUACUUGACCCACGACUCUCCAUCUGUGAGAAAGCAACACAAUGCUGGCUAUAAACACAAGGCAAAUGUACGCUCUUACUACCAGCAAUUUGAGGAGCAACAAACUCAAAGUUUAAUCGACCAGAGAAUCAAGGAACAUCUCGGUCAGGCUGCCGCUUUCCAAGUUGGUGCCACUUUUAACCAGCAUCUGAUGACCAUGCCAGGGGCCCGACCCCCUCUUCCACUUUUAAUACCUCCUAUGUUGCCUAUUGGAGCAUCUCCUCAUGCUUCUAUGAACGCACCACUUCAACCGGGGGUUAGACCCCCUGUUUUGCCACCUCCAUUUGGUGUACCAGGUUAUGGAGCUAUUCCUCCAGUGGCCGCUGUCCCCUCUGCAGUAGGACCACCUGGUGCACCAACAACGACACCAAUGCAACCAACUAAUCUUCCUAGGCCACCUACAUUGCCACCUCCAAUUUCAGGGGCCAUGGCAAUGCCAACUACCAACACUACUGCACCUGCUAUCCAUCAGGGCAACCCAUCAUCAGCUCCAACAACCAGCUUUGAAUCUUUUAACGCUCCUUCUGGAUCCACUGCUCCAUAAGAGACCAAUUUCUAAUUUCCCAAAACCUGGCUGUGGAUUGAACUCUAGGGUUUACAUGUUCCAGUGAAUCCCCUUUUUUGCAAUUGACCUGAAGAAUAAACCGAUUAGUAGAUCGUGUGUACGGUUUAAUUCUUCAGUUAAGAGAACGUACUCUUAUUAUGUUGAUGUUAUGUCAGUGAUUUGUUGUUAUCAUCAUUUUUUAUAAACAAACCUCUUCCAGAUAUCAA